AUGGCCCCGAGAGGCAAAGCCAUUCUGACGUAUCACGUCGUACCGCGCUUCGAUAUUGCUGCCGAGGGCGGUCCACUCUCUCUCGGCACCAUCGUCGCCAACCUCCAGCACCUCGUGCCGCUGAAUCGAGGCUUCCACGUCGAGGUGCCUGAAGCUCUGAAGUACACCCCCGUCUGCCAGACCCAGUUCAGAGAAACCUUGAUCAAGGCUCGGGAGGCCAACUUCGGUGCCUGGCUCAAGGCGAUUGGCAUACCAGUUGGAGGCUCUGUCAUAGGCGGCGGCUCAAGGGACCUAGAGUCAUCCGUGUCCUGUGACUCAAUCGUCACGACCUACUUCGACCCAGACAACGACUACUUCCAAAAAUGCCUUGCAACGAGGCCAAUUCAAGACUGGGUGGAAGCUUCCAAUCAUUUCACUGCCAAUCUAUACAUGAUUACAGGUCUCAAAGUGGCCAAGAAUUUGAAGUUCAACGCAUCCCGCUCUACUGAGAAACAUGGCAAAGCCGAGCUCCAGGUAAACGAGCCUCAUACGGGCGCCGUGGAAGGCGGUGUGAGUGUGGAUGCUUCUGGUGGCACCAAGAAAGCGACCGAGUUUAGCGUUGACGACAUCAUCAUCGCAUACAGAGUGAACCAUUACGCGUGCUCGCAAACGCGGUGGUUCGGCAAGCACAUGGAGACGAAAGAUAAGGGUCUUCUCACGGGCGACCUGAUGAACCACGAGCAAAAAGAGGCGGAGCAGCCAGAGAUGACGUUUGAACCGUUGUCCAUUCCAGAGGAGGUGGCCGCUCAAGAGCGGGCUAUGGCUGAUGGGAGUGAUGAGUGCUGGGUAUAG